CACACGCACACACAAAAGGAGCUGAUCAGCUCAAGAACCUUCAGAUUUAGGAUCAGGAGCUCUGCUAUUUUGAUGUUUGAAGGUUCUCUGUUGCGUGGCUUUAAAGGCUUCAGAUCUGUUCUGCUGGAUCCAAACUACUGAAAGGCUACAGUGUCCCCAAGGCACCAUGGACCAGUCACUACAAUUCUCUCGCCAGAAGGAAGACCUUCUUCGCACAGUGCGCUCCUUGCAGGUGGCAUCCGAGAACACUUUACACAGAGCAGUUCCUCUCCUCUCCUCUCAGCCUGGGCUUGGACUCCUUCAUUCCUCACAGCUACACCAGCUCACCCAAAAGAGCUCUCAGUUCUGUCGGGACUUGGAAGAUGUGGGCAACCUGUUGCUUUUCCGACAGGAUGAACUCAUCCAUAAAUUUGUGUUGCCCAAGACUUGUGGUGCUAAUUCCAUCUGUUCCUGCCCCGAUGGCUCUCUCUAUGUAUGUGGAUAUGACAGUCCUAGUAUCUAUUUAUUGAACAGCAAUGGGAAACCCACUCAGGGCCUGCGUUGUUGGGAUGAUGAUUUUUUUCUUCCAGACUGUCUGACCAUGACACGGGCUGGCUCUGUGGCAGUCACUGACAUUUCCAAAGGGCUAGUGCGCAUUUAUAACCCCAACUCCCAGCCAUCUUGGGUGAGGGUCGGAGGGAAUUUUCAGUCUCCACAGGGUAUAGCAACAGAUUCCUCUGGACGCCUUUUAGUUGCAGAAUACACUUCUGGAUCAGUUCUGGCAUUUCAUGUAGACAGAGCUUAUCGUAUCCACAAAGUUCAACAAGCCAAUGGCUUGAAGGGGCCAACCCAUAUAUGUGCCACUCCAGACGGGGGCUUUGCAGUGAGUGAGGAAUGUGGGGAUAUCAAGCGAUUUACAAGCAAUCUAAAACUUGCUUGCUCUCUCUCAAAAACUUAUCAGCACACAUUUGGGAACCCAGUAGGAAUAUGUGCGGAUCCAGAAGGCAAUAUCAUGGUUGCCGACCAACAGCACAGAAAUGUCACCCUUUUCCCUUCAAGUGGGUCACCUAUCUGUGUGGUAUCAAAGGGCCUGAGUAGGCCAACUGGCAUAGCUUGCUCACCUCUUGGACAAUUAUUUGUAAUUGAUUCUGCUGACAACUCGGUGAAGGUUUAUAAGUACCGGGUACGGCCUUAUUAUAACCCAACCAGCCCCAGGAGAUCAGUGGAAAAUCCCUAAGCAAAUAUAGGAAAACAGCAUAUAGAUUUUAGAAAGUGCAUGGGCAUGUAUACGAUCAUUUGUAUGUCAUUAUAUAUGAGGAAAUAUAUAUAUGUGUGUAUGUGAAUUAUACAUGAAAAAAAGCUAUUUUGUAAAUUCUAAACACUGAUAAAAAUAAAGGUGGCUUGUCAUUAAAGGAACUGUAACACCAAAAAAUGAAAGAGCUUUAAAGUAAUAAAAAUAUAAUGCACUGU